ACGGGCCGGCGCGCGCGCACCAACGUAUUCGUACUUAUUUCUAAAAUAUAAACAAAUAAAUAUCCAUUUAGGUAUAUAGCGCGAAUAGUGCAGUGUAAAAUGCAAAUAUAGUGAAAGUGGUUAGUGUUUGUGAUACAACACCUGGUGAUAACAAUUGUUUACAUACAAGAUGACGAUCCAAAGCAUGACUGUCACAGAAGCAGGAAACACCACAGCAAGGAGUUGUUGCAAAGGGCCUACAAAAUUGAAGACCAAAUUAGUGAUAGCUGGCUUAGUGACAGUGAUCAUACUCUCAGCAUUAAGUGGGUAUUUUAUUGGACGCGCUGACUACAAGAACAGAAAGCUAGCUGAACCACCGGACCCUGUGGAGCCCUUACCACCUUCACCAUCAUGGCUGCACACCUUCAAACGAGCAGCUGUGUGCACAGAUGCGCCGCAUUGUUCAGAUAUUGGCAGGCACAUACUUUCCAUAAAUGGGUCCGCCGUGGACGCAACGAUAGCGGCCAUGUUCUGCAACGGUCUUCUAAACCAGCAGAGCAUGGGCUUGGGAGGGGGCUUCUUCAUGACUGUGUACAUAAAAGAAGAGGAGAAAGCGUACACUGUGAUAGCAAGGGAAAAGGCACCAGCCGCUGCCACGCAGGAUAUGUUCCAUGGAAACUACGAGAAGGCAACUAAAGGCCCUUUGGCGAUGGGAGUGCCAGGGGAACUCCGAGGCAUGUGGGCAGCUCACAAACGCUGGGGCAAACUGCCCUGGGUGACCCUUGUUAAACCUACCUUAGAGUUUUGUAAAUAUGGAUACACUAUAUCCAAACCCUUGUACGACGGACUGGAAAUUGCGCCUUAUAUCAAACAAGAUAAACAUUUAAGCAAAACGUAUGUGAACAAAGAUAAACAGUUUCACAGACCUGGAACAAACGUGAAACCCAGUGAAGCCUUUUGCAACACUCUCGAAAGGAUAGCAGAAAAGGGUGGUGAUGAAUUAUACAAUGGAAGCCUGUCUGUUGAGUUCUUGGAAGACUUACGGGAGGUUGGAAGUAUCAUAACUGCUGAGGAUCUUAAAAAUUACCAACCAAAGAUAACAGAGCCACUAGCAGUUCCAUUGAACCACGGUGAUACGCUGUUCACACCGCCCCCUCCUAGCAGUGGUGUGAUCCUGGUCAAUAUUUUAAACAUAUUGAGCGGUUACAACUUUGGCCCAGAGAGUAUAAACAGCACAGAAAAUACAAUACUCACUUAUCACAGAAUAUUAGAAGCUUUUAAACACGCGUAUGCAACGCGGACAAAAUUGGGCGAUGUCGACUUUUUGAAAUUGGAUGAGCUCAUUAGCAACGUGACAUCCACUCAGUAUGGCAUAGAUAUGCGUCUCAGGAUUAACGAUACCUCAACAAGUAACAGUUCAUCGUAUUAUGGAGCUACAGAGUACCAACAACCUGACUCUGGGACCGCACACAUUUCUGUCAUUGGUUACAAUGGUGACGCUGUGUCUUUGACCAGCUCUAUCAAUUAUUACUUCGGCGCGGGCUUCGCUACAAACCGUACAGGCAUCGUCAUGAACAAUGUGAUGGAUGACUUCUCCUCCCCCGGUAUUACCAACUAUUUCGGUAUCAAGCCGUCUCCAGCUAACUUUAUAGCGCCGGGCAAGAGGCCUCUGUCGUCUAUGAGCCCUAGCGUGAUUGUUGAUAAAAGCGGUAAUGCGAAAAUGGUCAUUGGGGCGUCUGGUGGCACGAAGAUUACUACCGCUGUUGCUUUGGUAACAAUGCGCAAACUUUGGUUCGGCCAGACGAUCAAAGAAGCAGUCGACGCAGCUCGCUUCCACCAUCAGAUAUUCCCGAUGUACGCUGAAUAUGAAUAUGGACUUACAGAGGACAUCGUGAACGGUUUACGGGCAAAAGGUCACGGAAUGGUGCGAUAUCGCGGCAGGGGAUCCAUUAUUUGCGCUCUUUAUAGGAACAAAACUGCAAUUUACGCGAACGCUGACUUUAGAAAAGGCGGCGAUGUGGCUGGCAUGGAUUAACGUUAACUAGUCUUGUGAAGGGAAUUUACGUUAGAUGUGCUCCAAUGCAUUUACUUAAUCUUAUUGGAAGAGAAAAGACAGAACUUUAGUUAAUACCUAACAAUGUUAGGUAUUAACGGAUAACAAAUACUUAUAAUAGUUGUAAUAGGCUUAUAUUUAUCUGCAAUUCGGUCAUAGCAUGGCUGAUAAAAAUUCAUUUGAUAUUACAGUACCUAUUGUUAAAAAGAAUCAAUUCAGAUGACUAUAUUUUAUUAAUAUUUGGUUGUUCAAUUUUAUGACUCCUAUAUGGCCAUAAUGACGUUUAUUAGGCUCGUUAGUAUGUAUCUACACCAUAUUUUUAUUUGGCUGGUUCCAACGGUUUUCGAUAUGAUAGGUAAUCAGAUGUCCUUUUUAA